GAUUCCUUUGUUAGGGAAAAGUGCAUAGAGACAGUAAAGUGUGAAAGAGACUUUCUAGCAAAGUUGCCUCUCUUGGAUGACAUGCAGUCUGGAUUACUACUUUUACGGUAUUGUGCAGUUCCCAAGAUUACUCAUCUUCUUCGAACUGUUCCACAUUCGUUGAUAGCUGAAGCUGCAGAACUGCAUGAUACCAUGAUAGUCAAGGCUUUCGAGAACAUCAUAGGAUGUGGUGCUCUCAAUGCUCUGGAAUGCUCACAACUUCGACUUGACAUUCAACAAGGAGGUUUUGGUCUUCGGUCUGCAAAGCAUUCUGCGUUUGAGGCUUUUCUUGGAGGUUGGUCCAACACUCUAGGUCAUCUCCCUCAUCGUGAUGGUCGUCUGAGUAGUUUGUGUGAUGGCCUCCUAAGAGAUCACGACAAAGAUCAGCCUCUAGUUCUCAGUGAAUUGACAAGUGCCCUGGCAAAUCUUCACCAGCAGUUCGACGAUACUCGAAAAGUGUUAUCAUGUAUAUCAAAACUUCCAGAUGCUCCAAAGAAACUUCAAGGAAAACUUCACCAAGCCAAGAAAGCUGUUGAGUUCACCCAGGUUUUACAACAAUGCACCAAUAGUUGUGAGCAAGCCCGAAUACAAGGUUGUGGUGGUCCAAAUUCUGGGGCUUGGCUGGAUGCGAUUCCGAGUACGCAUCAUUUUAUUCUCGGCAAUGACAACUUUGUCAACGCUGUUUGUCUGCGACUCGGUAAAGCCAUCCCGUGCUUGCAUUCUUUGGACCAGUGUGUUGCUCAGUGUGGUCAGCCCAUAGACAUUGAAGGAUACCAUGCCAUGACCUGUAAGUGGGGUGGAGGCCCAAUCAAACGACAUGACAGUGUACUCGACUGCUUUUACGACAUGUCCAAAUCUCUUGGAUUCCAUUGUCGCAAAGAGUUGACAGCGCAAUUCGAGAAUAAGCAACGUCCUGACAUCGCCAUAUACAAUUAUAAAGAUGGAAAAAAGCUUCUCUUAGAUGUAACCAUCACCCAUCCCUUGGCGAAGCGGUCAAUCAGUGCCAGUUGUAGCAAACCUGGUUUUGCAGCAGCCGAGAAGGAGAGAGAGAAAGAUAGCAAGUACCUUGUCAAGUCAACAAAUCUUGGGUAUUUGUUUCGUCCCAUUGCCCUAGAGGUAUACGGCCGUUGGGGAAACACAGCGGAGACGACACUAGAAGAACUAUCAAAGAAGUCCCCUCAAUCUACAGGCUUAAAUCCCAGCGAAUUCAAGCUACAUUGGAGAAGGAGAAUAGCGAUCAAUCUUCAAAGGGCCAACUCAUCAAUCAUCCAAAACAAGGUGUCUGCCAUCGUUGGAAAGUGUAUCGGAAAUCCUGAUGCUGCUUUUACGAUGUCAGCAAGAUACUUUGGUGGUGACUUUACGUAGUUAGCUGUGAGUUUGUGUAGGUGUGUUGUAGUGUUUAGUUUGUAUUAGUGAUAGUGAUGUUCAAGUUAUUUGUCUAUUUAGUUAGAUAUACAAGUUUUCUUGCGAGUGACUGUCAGAUAAAGUGUGUUUACCAGUGAAAUUGAAUAAAGGGAGUGAGUGAGUGAGUG